CAGUUAGAACUCAAGAACCCACAACAUAAGUUUUUGUUUUUAAAAAUAUGAAAGACCUGAGUUGAUUGUGUAGCUGUUGAAAAUCCAGGCACAAUGGUGCUCCAGAAAGCAAAACCAAGAAGACUUCUAACAAUUAGCUACCUGCUGAGGAGACAUCUUGCAACCAGAAGCAGCCCCAUAAAGUAUGCUUCGUUUUCAGAAGUCUUACAAUUAAACGAAAAACAGUUUACUGGAGUCGCAUUCCCUCUCCAAGAAAUGGCAAGAUACCUGGCCUCUAGUGUGGACACGUCAUCCUUCCAGAUUUUCAAUCCUAACCACAAUGAAAUCAACAGUGCAGAGGCGUUUUUCAUUUCAACACGUUGGCACCCCAUUGAUUAUUUCACUUCAGCUGUCCGGAUGGAUCACGCUCCACAAUUGUCACAGCCUGAGGUUUGCUUUUUAGGAAGAAGCAAUGUUGGAAAAUCCUCCUUAAUAAAGGCUCUGUUUUCAUUAUCCCCUGAUGUUGAAGUCAGAAUUUCCAAAAAUCCAGGCCACACUAAGAAACUGAAUUUCUUCAAAGUGGGGGAUUUAUUUACUUUGGUGGAUAUGCCAGGCUAUGGUUACAGAUCACCCAAAGAUUUUGCAGAGAUGGUGGAGCCUUAUUUAAAUCACCGUGCAAAUCUGAAACGGACAUUCUUAUUAGUGGACGGCCUGGUCGGAAUUCAGGAAAUGGACAAAGUUGCUGUAGAAAUGUUGGAAGAAUUUGGGAUCCCUUAUGUUAUUGUAUUAACUAAAAUUGACAAAGCAUCAAAAGGAGUUAUGACAAAAAAUGUGAUACAGAUUCAAGACUUUGUUAACAAAAAGACACAAGUAUGCUUUCCUCAACUCUUUCCUGUCAGUUCUUUGUAUUGCUUUGGAAUCCAUGUGCUGAGAUGCUUUAUAGCACACGUUACUGGAAAUCUUCCCCUAUCCACUUGAUGAUACUUCAUACCCAAAUCUUAAUGACUCGUCUUCAUUGUUCUUCCAAUAAAAGAGACAAGAUUUAUUGCUCUGUACACUUCUCUUUUUUCCAAGCCUUGUGAAUAAUUUGUUUAUAAUAAAUGCUAUUUAAGUUA